CGACAGUCCCAGGACUAUCCGCUGCGGCGGAUACUGAUGAGACUACUUCAGAGUCUGCUAAUAUCCCAGACGCUGGCCAAACUCCUAAUGACGUUGAGACACCGGUCACCGAAGCCUCGACGGCCGAUUCCCACCCUUCCGUGUUAGAAGAAGUAGACGGCGCUCCUCCGGCAUGGGCUGAGGAUCGUGCCUCUCUUGCAUGUACUAUCCCGUGGUUCAACAGUACCCAGGCUGGGAUGUACUACAAAGACGAAUAUUGCUGGGGCCUUCUCAUCAACGAAGACUGCGGGGCUCGCUCUUAUGUAGACGAUGAAGUCGUCAUAACGAGACUCGGCGGUGGCAGCGAGAAAGAAAAUGGAAAACUUGUUGUGAAGAAAGGCCAAGACGAAACAAACUUACUCGUUAGAUGUAUUAUGAAAAGCAAGAUCAACAAUCAAGAGGUCGGGCUCGUUAUAGGCAAAAAGAACAACCUGUUGAAUCGGAAACUUCCUCAUCAUUAUAAUGUAAUGGAUUACUUUCAAAUUGCCAAGGUGUGGCCAGAGAAACAGGACGGCCAAGUCUUUUACAAGGUACGCUUCGAAAAGUUGAACAUCUCGAAGAAGAGCUGGUGGGCAAGGAAAGGCGCACCCGAUCCAAUGCCACACGAACAGCGCACUAUGCAUCCCGUGGAGAAAGUGUGCCCUACUUGCACUACCAAGGAGAUGCAGGUAUACAAGCAAGGCUGGACAUGCCUGAACCGCCAUUGCGGUGACUUUUGGAAGAUCAACGGCCAUGAUAUCACCAAUUCUAUGGACCUGACGUUCCACGACGCCUUCCUCGAAUACCGGGCUCCCCCUUUGAAACGUGUGUCAGAUACUCCCAGCCUGGUGCCAGACCGACUACCUGAAAUAGCCAAGAAAGAAGUGGAAGAUCCACACUUUUAUGUUUCGCGUGAAGCCAUGAGAGGGAUUGUAUGCCCUACGUGUCGCAGGUGCAUACCACGUCGGUUCUGGGAGGGCUGGAAAUGCGCAGACGACGGUGUAGAUCAAGGCGCCAGUGCUGCAGCCAACACUACCAACAAGUGUCCAUUUCAGAAAUGGCUUAGUUUCCAGCCACUCUCGUUAGAAGAAGCGAUUGGAACGGGUUCGGCCAAGCCCAGGCGCGACUCAUCGGCUAGCUCCGGUUAUCUUCAGCCAGAAAUAAGUGACACGCUGCUUGCACCCUAUACAAUACAUACAUAUGAGGUUGAGGGUGCUGGUUAUAUUGUUCAUUUUGUGGCGAAUAAGGAGAUCAACGAGCGCCCUGGAGGUCCCAAUGACUUAUUCAAAGAGUUACAAGACACCCAGCUUGGACUUCGACGCUUCCCUUUAAUACAGGCCAUGGUCAAGGGCACGCUCCAGGCCCAGUUCGGUGUCAACUAUGGCCUACCGUACAAAUUCGUCGUUCCCUCUGCAUCGCUGGCCUUUAAUGGCGCCUGUGAUGCUAUACAUCGGGUUCUUGGCCGCUUAACAUGGGCCACGCAGCGUGCUGUUGCGAGCAAGGGGCAUACCACAGAAUGUCCCAACGAGCUUCUCGUGCUGGGGUAUGGAGAAGGCCAAAAGAUCGGCUAUCAUGACGACGGUGAAGACUCCCUUGGACCGACAAUCGCGUCCCUCUCCCUCGGCGCACCUUCCACCAUGAGUAUACGAAUGAAGUACAGAUAUUAUCAUGGCUUCAUUAAAAAGAGUCACAGGCUGCUUGAUAUAGACCCAGUCCUUCCAAAGUGCGAGAACUACGAAAAACGCCUGGAACUUAAGAAAAAUUUCUAUAACCUUCCGGAAACUGCGGGGUACAACAAGCUUCCCGAAAACAAAGAGGAGUACGAAAAAUGGAAGGCUGAAAGAUUUGGUAAGGAGAAAAAUCCUAAGACAUACCGAGAGUGGUGGCAAGAAUACAAGAACGCAUGGUGGGAAAUGUAUAAGUCGAUUCCAGAGAAGGAGAGCCGUGGGUCGCCGCCCGAUCUGAUCAAGAUGGAGUUGAAUCACGGGGAUAUGGUUGUGAUGCAUGGGGAAAAGUUACAACAAUACUAUGAACAUGCCGUUAGUGUGAAGGGCAAUGGGAAACUGCGCUUUGCAAUGACAGCACGGUACAUAAAACGCGACAAGGUCGAUAAGGAAGACUGGCCAAAAGGAGACUUUCACUUGACAGGAGAACAAAUAUACAAUGGGGGUUGAAUUAUAGUACCAGGCAGCGUUGUUUUGUCUUGCUUUACUGCUUGUUUUGCUUCCUGCUCUUGAUUUGCCUCACCGUUAGUCACUAUAUAUCCUUCUGCAUUAUAUAGAAUUAUUCGUGUCCG